AUGUCUAAAAUUCAACACUUGAUCGUGGAUACUGCCGGUUUUAUCGACAAAGCACCUCUCCAAGACUUCGGUUUGAACAUCCACACUAUUCAAGAAGUGGUGAACGAGGUGACAAAUAAACGUCAAAAAACAGAUUUAUCAGUAUUGCCUUACACUCUCAACAUAAAAACCGUGUUCCCCGAACACAUUCAGUUUGUUGUGGAUUUUUCAAAAAAGACUGGUGACUAUCCGAAUCUAUCUGUCACCGAUAUUAAAGUAAUAGCUUUGGCUUAUCAAAUACACAAAGAAUAUUUUGGCGUAGACGAUUUGAAGACCGAACCGAUUUCCAAAUCAGUUGUGUUUGAAAAGCCCGAGGUUAAUGACAACACUGUUGGGUUUUAUGAUCCGGACCAUUUGAGCGAAGAUGUGUCAGACUUGGAGAUCGAUGAUGGGUGGAUUACAGAGGAUAAUAUAAAAAAUAUAAAUAAAAAUAAUGGAGACGAUCUCACCGAACAAGAAGCCAAAGUCGGUUGCAUUACCACCGAUUAUGCUGUGCAAAAUGUACUCAAACAAAUAGGCCUCUCUAUUAUUGCUUUAGAUGGCCGUGUGAUUAAAGAAGUUCGGACUUAUUUAAGACGCUGUUAUGGAUGCUUUACGUUGACAUCCAAUAUGACAAGAUUGUUUUGCCCGAAAUGUGGGAACAAAAGCUUAAAACGAGUAGCUGUGUAUUUGGAUGAAAAUGGAAAACAAUGUGUGUACAUUAACGGCAAAAGACCAUUAAGUUUUAAAGGUAAAAAGUACUCAUUACCUAAACCACAAGGUGGUAAACAUGCAGUCAACCCAAGACUGGUAGAAGAUCAACCAAUGCCACAUCAACGACCAACUAGGUUGGCUAAAUCCAAAACCAAUGCUUUGGACCCAGACUAUACAGCUAAAUCGUCUCCUUUCGCUACGAAGGAUGUUUAUUCCAAGUCCGCCAUGCUUGGUUUCAAAGGUUCAGUGCAAAAACAAUGGAUGAAAAGGAAUCCUAAUGAAUCCAAUAAGAAAUGUAAGAAAUAA